UCCAUUUUAAAGUACCGAAAUGUAAACUUUAUUCAUGUUAAUUUUAACUUGUGACUUUUCUGUGUUACUUUUGUCUUAGCAGAACAGAUGAAGGUGGCAAAAGUCCAUUAUAUCGUCUUCAUGUACUUCCGGGCGUAGUUAGCAGUCGGAGAUUUCAGCCAAGACAUUCAGCAGCUCAAGGACAUGGCAGGACCAAGGCCUGUAGUGCUAAGUGGUCCUUCUGGAGCUGGCAAGAGCACUUUACUGAAGAAACUGCUCAAGGACUAUGAGGGUGUAUUUGGCUUUUGUGUUUCACAUACAACAAGAAACCCUCGACCUGGAGAGGAAGAUGGCAAAGAUUACCAUUUCGUGUCCAGGGAGACAAUGCAGCAGGGGAUUAACAAUGGAGAGUUCAUUGAGAAUGCAGAGUUUUCUGGUAACAUGUAUGGAACCAGUAAGGCCUCAGUUGAAGACGUUCAAGCCCAGAACCUCAUAUGCAUCCUGGAUGUAGACAUACAAGGUGUGAAGAAUAUUAAGAAGACUGACCUCAACCCCAUCUAUGUCUCCAUCCAGCCUCCUUCUAUUGAGAUUCUUGAGAAGCGCUUGAGAGACAGACAAACUGAGACAGAGGAGAGCCUACAGAAACGCCUGGAAGCAGCUCGCCUUGACAUGGAACUCAGCAAGGAACCUGGAAUAUUUGAUAUUGUCAUCAUUAAUGAUGAUUUGGAGGAGGCAUAUGAGAAGUUGAAAGAGGUUCUUACAGAGGAAAUAAAGAAAGUGCAAGAAUCCAAAAAGUCAUAAAGCUGCACAGCCUACCCCUCAGGCUAUCAGGCUAUUUCCUACACCAAAAACAAAA